CUUCCACAUCGCCGAACUCGAUCCUGAAUUACAACAACACCAACGCCGAGAGAACUCUGACCGACCACUCCAUCUCAGCGAGCACUUGCGGACUAGCGAAGGCACUGUCAUCGUCGCAGAGCGUUGUAUUUGAGCGAAGAGGAGGACGCCACCACAAUGUCGACAGCGGCGCGCAGGAGAUUGAUGCGCGACUUCAAGCGCAUGCAGACCGACCCCCCUGCUGGUGUGAGCGCGAGUCCUAUAGCAGACAAUGUCAUGACCUGGAACGCAGUCAUCAUCGGGCCGUCGGACACGCCUUUCGAAGACGGCACAUUCAGACUCGUCAUGCACUUCGAAGAACAGUACCCAAACAAACCGCCGGGCGUCAAGUUUAUUAGCCAGAUGUUCCAUCCGAAUGUUUAUAAUACUGGGGAGUUGUGCUUGGAUAUUCUGCAGAAUAGGUGGAGUCCUACGUAUGAUGUCGCGGCGAUUUUGACCAGUGUUCAAAGUCUGCUGAAUGAUCCGAACACGUCGAGCCCUGCGAACGUCGAAGCGAGCAAUCUUUACAAGGACAACCGGAAAGAGUACACCAAGCGUGUACGAGAGACGGUCGAGAAGAGCUGGGAGGACUGAUGAAUCCUGGGCACAAGGAAACGAGAGAUUGGUGCUUAUAAUGGCCGUUCUGCACAGCGGGCUGCGAUCAGUCCGCAAGGAGGUAUCUGCGUCUGGCAAUACUGUAGAGGCACUUUUGACUGUAUGACACACGCAAUGAAUAUCAGCGCGGCGUUUGGACUAGGCGUGAGGGAUGGUUGCUUGAAUGAUAAGACGACUAUGGACGACAAAAUGAAACGUCCAGAAUCAUCCAACUGCUCUCCAGAGAGCAAUUCCAAGGCACUGCAGAUGGUGUUACUGCAUGGCCGGAGCAGGAGGACCGACUGAGAAUAGCUGCGAGGUUAACGUGAGAUAUGUAGUCGAUGAAGACUGAACUCGAUGGACACUGAAUCCUUCUUGAGGUAUCGACGUAUUUAUA